CAGGAUCUCUUCCUCUUCCUGAGACCCAGGGUCAGAAGAUGGCUCUGCAGAAGCACCUGGAGGCCCUUAGCGUCUUCCAGUGGGUCCUCACCUACCUCUUCUUUGGUGCCUUCUUCUCCAUUCUCCUGGUCUACCUGCUCUUCACCUCCUACUGGUCUAUCAGCGUCCUGUAUUUUGCCUGGUGGAUCUUCGACUGGGAUACGCCAGAGAGAGGUGGGCGCCGCAGCGACUGGAUGAGACGCUGGAGAGUCUGGGAGCUCCACCGGGAUUAUUUCCCCAUCAAGCUGGUGAAGACGGCCGAGCUGCCCCCGACGCGGAACUACGUCCUGGGCUCCCACCCCCACGGGAUCAUCUGCGCGGGGGCCUUUUCCGCCUUCUGCACCGAGGCCACGGGCUUCCCCCGCGCCUUCCCUGGCCUCCGCCCCAGCCUGGCCGCCCUCGCAGGGCUGUUCCGCAUACCCGUCUACCGGGACUACCUGAUGAGCUUAGGGUUGGUCCCGGUCAACAAAAGGUCCCUGGACUUCCUCCUGAGUGGCCCCCCUGGGCACGCAGUGGCCAUUGUGGUGGGGGGCGAGUCCGAGAUGCUGGACAGUUUCCCCGGAGAGCAGCACAUCCGCCUUCACGGGAGAAAGGGAUUUGUGCGCCUGGCGCUGCAACACGGGGCUGACCUGGUGCCCGUUUACACCUUCGGGGAGAACGACAUUUACCGACAGAUCCGGUUCCCCGAGGGCAGCUUCGCUCGCCGCUUCCAGCUCGGUUUCAAGCAGCUGAUCGGCUUCGCCCCUUGUCUCUUCAGCGGGAGGGGCCUCUUCUCCAGCCGCUCCUGGGGGAUCCAGCCUAUGGCUGCCCCCCUCACGGUGGUGGGUAAGGACCCACAAGGCUCCCCGUUCCUUCCUUAGCCUCCGCCUCCUGCCCCACAAACACCCCCGACUCACCAACUUGCUUGCAAAGAGCCACAAACUCUUCAGCAUCGUACAAAACAGCAGGUUCUGGUGCUUUCGCCCCCUCCUAGAACUGAAUCGGAGACCUGUGGAGUUGGAUGGGAACCCCAA